AAUAUACUCCGCUAAUCCUUGUCUAUAAUAUUCAGUUAAAAAUAUCCAAUCCACCUCAAAAUAAUUCAAUAUCCCAUCAAAGGGGGCAAAACACUAUAUUGUAUAUAGGUACCCGGAGAUAAUGCUUUAUUGAAGUUUUCGUAGACCAUCCCCAUAUUGCAAAGAGUCAAAGAUUAGAACCAAACACAUUAAAAAAAAUACAAAGACUUUGCAUGGUUGACCAACAAUACGCGUAAAAGAUAUAAAUUAAAAAAAAUAAAAAAUAAAAAACCCUUAAAUAUGGUGGUGGACCACAAAGACCUUUCAUUAAUAUCAGCCAAAAAAAAAAAAAAAUGUUUCCCAAUUAUAAAUAGUACUGAAAAAUAAAGGAAAAAAUACUUAACAAAAAACCAACUGGAAUACUUUACUCACUUUGCUUUUACACUCAUAAUCUCUGAUAAAAAAUGAAGAGGGAUAUGAUCGAUCAGUUCCUCUUGUUUGUCCUGGUGAUCCUCUUAUAUCCAUGUCUAUUCGAUUCACAUUCUCUGCUUUCUUUCUCUAGUUGCCUCCCUCGACAAAGCUCUAUUUUACUCCAACUUAAGUCUGAGUUUACAUUUCAGAGGCGUGUAUACUCUGAUUUUCUGAUUAACAGCUAUCCAAAGAUGAAAUCUUGGAAGGCUGGCAGUGACUGCUGUUCUUCUUGGGAUGGUGUCUCAUGCGAUAUGGCAACUGGUUAUGUAAUAAGCCUUGACCUCAGCCAGAGUUGGCUUCAUGGGUCUCUGCGUUCUAACAGCAGCCUUUUCAGCUUGCUUCAUCUUCGAAAGCUCAACCUUGCCUUCAACAACUUCACUUCUUGCCCGAUUCCUUCGGAGUUUGGCCAACUUUCAAGGACGUAUCCCUUCUUCUUUAGGGAACCUGAUUGAACUUGAAUCGUUGGAUCUCUCAAACAAUGAACUUUCAGGUGAAAUCCCUCAGCAGCUUACUGGUCUGACGUUUCUUGGAUAUUUGAACUUGUCAAACAAUCAACUUACGGGUCCAAUACCACAAUCCAGACAAAUUGGGACGUUUUCAAAUUCUUCUUUUGAGGGAAAUUGUGGAUUAUGUGGUCCUCCAUCGUCGAAAAAGUGUGAAACGUCUCCUGUGCCACCUUCUCCUUACAGUGAGGAAUCAGGUGAUUCUAUAUUUUCUGGUUUUGGUUGGAAAGCUGUUGCGAUAGGAUAUGGAUGCGGACUCAUAAUUGGAUUGAUACUCGGAUAUAUCAUCACCUCAAGGAGCCCAUACUUGGUGUUCAAGAUUUUUCGUGUGAUCCCACCGAGGAGACUAAGAGGAGCCAACAGUUGAAAGCACUUCAAGUUAAAGUAGCUAAAGUAAG